UCGCGCUCAUUGCUUCAUUGCGUCCUCUGGAACCUUUUUUCUCCUCCUCUCCCUCAUUCGACAUUCUACUCUUUUCCCUUUGCGGAUUGCUGUCCCCCAAUCCCUUCAUCUCUCCUACGCUCUUCAGCACAUUCUCUAAUUCUAAGCAGUAUCGACCUUGGCUGUCUCAAACCACAUUCUGCGCCGUUGUCUUUUUUUGUGGCCACCGCCUGCCAGCCAACUAUCCAGCCGCCUGUUAUCUUUUUCUUUGCAUCCAAUAGUCGUUGUGUGCGCCCACGCCUACAGUGCCUAUCGCUAUAUUCGCGACAGCCAACGAGGCACUUCCAACGCCAACACUACUCUCUCACCUCUACUACGCCAUCUCCUUAUUUUUCUAUUACUUGCUACUGCUCAUUGCCGUUUAUUUCAACUUCCGCUGUCGCCAACAAAGCCCAGCUUGCUGCCGCCGCUGAUCGACGCAUAGCGCGGGGCCGACUCCGCUGAAGAGAGCCGCGCAUUCCGCCUGCCGCCCUAAGGCUUGCUGCAGGACAUCACCAACGGCUUAUUGUGCUGUUGUCUAACACCCACACGUCGUCGACGAACCGUCCUGUUACAGGCACUGGCGCGACCGAGAAAGCAACCUCUACUAGCUCAGAAGUAUCACUGCGAGGCUUGCUUACAGGCCGUCCCAGUAGUGCUGGCGACGUGAUCCACGCACAAAUCUGCCACGAGUCAGAACGGCCUCAUGUCACAGCUCUAGCACAUCCAUCAUCCUGGCUGUAGAAAUACGAAGACGGCUCGGACGGCGCCAUCAACUUAAAGAUAUAAAACAAGCAUAAAGCGUCCCUUACCGUGGCUAAAUAUCAUGGCUAGUGCUGCAUCCUACGCCGGAGGCUCUGGCGAUGCUGGCGCCUCCAAGAAGAAGAAGGGAAGACGGGACGCCGAUACCGCAGGUCAAAAACGACGUUGCAUCAGCACAGCUUGUAUUGCUUGCAGAAAGCGAAAAUCAAAAUGUGAUGGUGCCCUACCCAGCUGCGCAGCUUGCGCCAGCGUUUACGGCACCGAGUGCAUCUAUGACCCAAAUUCAGACCAUCGACGCAAAGGUGUCUACCGCGACAAAGUGGACAGCACCAAAGCGAAAGAGUCAACCCUGCAAGUGCUUAUUGACGCCAUUAUCAACUCGGGCGAGGAAGAUGCUCCCAGAAUCGCCAGGAAGAUCCGAGAUUGCGAUAACCUCGAUGUGCUUGCCCAGCAGUUCUUGAGAACUGACUUGGAGAGCACCGAUGGCAGUCUUGGCAAUACCGACGACGAACUUUACUUACCUCUGAAUGGUGAACGUGAUUUGGCGGGUAAAAUGGGCGAACUUCGCCUUGAAAAUGGCUCCGUCCGCUACAUUGGAGGAACGUCAAACCUUAUUUACUUGGGUGGAACGACACCGAGCGAUGGCUACUCGGAUCGCUCAACGCCACAAUCAUCCGGUGCCAUCGUGCCCAUCACAACCUGGACAGAGGUUACCAACGAUAUCAGCCUCAUCACUCACCUCAUGAACAUGUAUUUUGCUUACCAUUACGCCUACUUUACAACAUUGUCCAAAGAUCUCUUUUGGUCAGAUUUCAUGAAGGGCAAAGCAGAGAACGCCGCCCACUGCUCUUCACUCCUUGUCAAUGCAAUGCUAGCCCUCGGGUGCCAUUUUACGGACAUCCCCGGCGCAUAUGCUGUGGUCGGUGAUAACAGAACAAAGGGUGAUCACUUCUUCAAUGAGGCUAAGCGCCUGAUUGUUGAAAAUGAUUUGUUUGAGAGGCCACACCUGGUUACAGUCCAGGCUCUAGCGCUCAUGUCUGUUCGAGAGGCAGGCUGUGGGCGUGAAGCCAAGGGCUGGGUGUACAGUGGUAUGAGUUUUAGAAUGGCGCUUGACAUUGGUCUAAACUUUGAGAUGUCUCAAGAAAAGGAACCCAUGACGGACGAGGAAAUCGACGCCCGACGCAUCACCUUUUGGGGAUGUUUCUUGUUCGACAAGUGCUGGUCCAACUACAUGGGCCGCUUGCCACAGCUUCCCCGCAGCUCAUGCAACGUGCCCAAAUUUGACGUUUUCCCCGGCGAGGACUCCUCGCUCUGGAUGCCGUUGACUGAUAAAGGAUUUGAUGAGUCCUUCAAGCAGCCAGCCCGCACCCGCGCCGCCGCCCUUCAGCUAGCGAGUCUCUGCGAAAUCAGCAGUGACAUUCUGCGCUUCUUCUAUCACCCCAGUCAUAUUGGACGCACAAGUGGCAAGGGUGCUGAGCUGAAGAAACUAGGUGAACUUCACCAACGACUGGAGGAGUGGCAUAAAGAACUGCCUAAAGAAUUCGAGCCAAAGGAUGGGCAGCUGCCAAACGUUAUCCUUAUGCACAUGUUCUUCCACCUACAGUACAUUCAUCUCUUCCGACCAUUCCUAAAAUACGCGCCAAACGCCUCACCACUUCCCUCACAUGUUUCGCCUAGGAGAAUUUGUACCGCUAAUGCCGGUGCUAUCUCAAAGCUCAUGCGACUUUACAAAAAGACAUGGAAUCUCCGCCAGAUUUGCAAUAUUGCAGUGUAUAUGACUCACAGUGCUUGCACAAUUCAUCUACUGAACCUUCCAGAGAAGACAGCCAAGAGAGAUUUGAUCCAUGGUGUAAAGCAUCUAGAGGAGAUUGCUCAGGAUUGGCUCUGCGCGCGACGCACCCUGUCUAUUCUGAGUGUCUUGGCAAGAAAAUGGAAUGUCGAGCUGCCGGAAGAUGCCGCAGCGAUUCUGCAAAGGGCAGAUGACAAAUUUGGAUCGUACAGCACAUCCGAUGUGCCUUCACCUCGAUCAAGCUCUGGACGAUCAGCAACCGCAUCUGAAGAACUUACGCCGUCGGCAAUCAAGCAGGAAUUCAUCAACAGCAACAACAACGGCGCAUACAUGCUCUCGCAGGCGGCCCAACCAAGUAUCGAAAGUCGAUUGGAUCUGUCUCCCCAAGCGGCCAUGCGCUCUGGUAUACCAUCUCAACACGUCUCGUCGCACAGCUCACCCAUGCACGGCGGCUUCAGCCCUAUUGAUACAUGGAAUCAUCAAUCACCGCUACCAGUGACACCGGUGAGCCAUGGGACCCCCAAUUAUCCCAUGGCGAUGGCCCCGACGAGCAUGGUUGCCCCUCAUUCCCAUGUGCAAAUUCCAGACAUUACAAGCAAGGCUGCUAUGGACACCUCACAGUGGCUGUUAACGGAUAGUGCGCAGUGGCAACGCAACUUUGAGGGAUGGGACUUGAGCAUGCCAAACGCCGCAAACAAUAGCUUUAUGAUGGGCGAUAUGGGUGCUGGCCCAGCCAUGGGUCAGCUCGGACCUCGAGGAGCAGAACAUCAGCAAGGCUCAUCACAAGCCCCUAACGUACAUGGACAGUAUGCCCGGAAUGGCAUGGAUGACUACGAAGCUUCGUUGAGCUGUGGAGGUUGGCUUCCUCGACUUGACUAAAGCUACUUGAUUUGACAAGGCAUUGGAAGUGCAUUUACACUGGAGUAUCUACUGGUUGGAAUUUUGGUUUAAUCCCUAGUUUGGGAAUGGCGAAUAGACGCCGACUUGGGAAAGCAUGGUGACGUUUAUUUAUGGGUGGCAUCGAUGGGACCAUUGUUCCGUCUUCAAGUUUCUGUUUAUCUCCAUUAGCGCAGCAGAGAGGUUAUUUGCGUUUCAGACAAACGAUUAUAUAUAUGGUAUGUAAAGCACGUUUAGCGAUUUUAGAGCAUAUAGUUAGAGAGGGGAGCAUUUAGGUGAAAAGCGGAAGCAGUUACGAGCGAAUACACAUUUCUCAGACGUUUACAUAACGAUUACCAACCUUCUCUUCAUUACCCUUCUGUUACCAAGGUUACAAAAUCUGCCGAGUCAGGUAUGAGAUGUGCUUAUUCCAGGAAGUAGUCAGUUCAUCAAAGCGGAAAGGAAGGCAUGACGCCCGCCGCCUUUAUCCAGCAACAAGGAAGGCCAACAGGGAGAGGGUGUCUGUAGAUGGCAAACGCUGCUACCUACCAUAUAGACUAACGUCUCUAGCUGCAGUCCGAGUACACCAGCUGCUCCCUCGGGGCGUUAUCCGCUUUGAGAGCAACUGGUUAUUAGAGAGAAAGCUGAACUUGGAAGGGGCGGUUAAUCGGACCGUCGUCCGCAGUGCGAGCUGUGAAAGCCACCGGCCAGGAUGUCUUGUUCUUAGAAGGAGAAAGCAAGCCUCUUUUUUUGCUCCGGACAGACGACACGGCCGAGUCUCGGUGCACGGUACACCUUUUCAACGACUGACAGAUAGAAGCCGCAAUGGAGCCAAGGGGUGGCGACGGCAUGGUUGGACGGGAUAUUACUUUGUCCGUAACAGAAACGGCGAUGGGCUGCGGUCCAACCAUGCCGCCAAGGCCGCCACGCGGAUUUUGCAACAUUCUCGAAAAUAAAGACCACGAGAGAGAGCUGCAUGGUGGGUAGUGUUUCAUUACCAGCGCUAGCGUGCCUGCGAAAGCCGCCCAGUAUCAGCGUGCGUUGCGACAUCUCUCUGCAUCGGCUAAAGCCUUCCAGUUUCUCUCCUUGCUUUGCGGCGCCAGUGUGGAUUAGAUGGGUUGCCGCUAAGCAGGGAAUAGCGGCCACAUUCCGCCAUGAUUCAAUAUGCUAAGGACAGGAUGGAAAAGGAAGCAGGAGGCGCUUUUCCAUCCUGUCAGUCGCCCUGGAUGGCGAUCCAAAUGGAUUCUUCAACGUGGCACAUGGCCGCCCAUGCGCCGCCGCCCUUCUGUUUCGUGGGGGAACCGAUAGAAAAGCGCCGGGCGUUGUUGAAGCCAGUGGAGUUGCCGGUUUGCUUAGCGUCGGCGAUGAAGAACGCUGGUUGGGCGAAACGAGAGCGAGAGGACGCUAUGCCAUCGUUCUAGAAAGAUGCAGCUCGCCUCUAAAGCCUGCUUCUGGUGCCGAUAGUGGUGUCGGCAGUUCCGAGCGCACACUGCAAGGCUGCAGCACCAGCAGAGAAGCGCUGAGGGCUACUUUUUUGGUGUGUAAUACAGAUGGCUGGAUGGGUGGGGAGACAGACAUGCUGCUGGUUGCAUCAUUAAUUGAUCAAUGCAAGCAUUACAGAGAGUAUUGGAUCAAGUCGCCGUCUUGCGCGAGAGCUUAAACGAGAGGCGUCUGUUAGGCCACAUGGAUUUCCCACCCCCUGGCCAGUUCGGCGUUUGGGCGAUCUAAAGUCCGCUAAGCUUUGAGGUAAAUUAAAGAGG